GUUUUAUUUUUUAGACUAAUACAGUGGUCUUACAACUCUAAGGAGUAACAAUGGCCGUCAGCCUGAUAAAAAAAUUAUCCAUCCGAGAGCUUACAGGACGUUUAAGCUUACAAAGGUCAAUUCCACAAGGAAAACCAUUCUCAAAAAUUCCUGGGCGUAUGUGCUAUCGACUCAAGUCGUUAGUUCCAUCUUGCAUUUUAGAUGAAGGGUAUGUGUUUUUGGGAUUUAGUAAAUUGGGCCAGUUUGUCAUAUCCUAUUCUCUACAAAUUGAUGCAGAUGUUCAUUCUGCUUAUCCUGAUCAUGUGUAUAAACUGCAGUGGUGGCUUUUUAUCCCCUGUAAAAGACUUCAGUUGAUUUCGGAAGUCAGACUGUUUGGUGAGGAGAAUAUUUUUCAUUCACUAUUUAUUGCUUACUGUGAGUGGCCAGAAGAUAGAACCAAGAUAACUAUAUAUGGUCACAGUACACCUCCGGCAGGAGAAGAUGGUUGUCAGUGUUAUUUAACUGUCACUGCUGUUCCUUCUCUAGGAGACUGUCAUGAAUGUCAAAUGCGACACAAAGUGGUCCCACAUGUUCCAUCUAUUCAGCAGUGCCUUCGGCACAGUUUUUGUGUGCACUCAAAGUUUGAACUGGCUCCCCCAUUUCCAUUUUUUUCUCCUAAAGUACAGUUACGGGUAGAUGGUAUUGCUGUCCUAAACACAGGAGAUUCUAUUGUUGCCUUACAGGUUGACACACAACUUCCGAUUAACAGUUUUGACACUGAAGGUCGUCUGGCUAUGGACCAGGAGGAGAUGCAGUCCAAAGCAGGAAUAGAAAAAGUCAUUUUAGGCUCUGAUUUGUCUAUUUUUGGUACUGUCAGUACUUAUUUUACAGAGCAGGAAGAUCCAACUCAAGAUCUGAGCCCCAAACCUAGAAACAUUUCUGACUCACCAAUGCUCAUUGAAGAAGAAGGUGAGAAUUUUUACUCUGCUGAACACGUAUCUGAGCAUAGUGACACUGAUCAGAGUGAAUCCAAAUCUACAAAAUCCUCCAGCUGUGACAAAUCACGAGCUGGCUGUGACAAAUGUUUAUUUGGGGGCAGUGCUAGGCAUGGUUCUGCUUGUGGCUGCUCUGUUCUAUCAAAUCAUCGACCAGCGUUACGCACGAAGAAUUUGAGCAACAGUAACAAUGAAAGCCCACUCCCGCUAAAAACUGGGACUAGUCAUUUCCAUGGAAACCACGAAUGUCUUUCCCCAAAGUCUCCAAGGUCACCAAAAAGCUCAGGUUAUCCCGACUCUGUCAGCAGGGUAUCACUUCUGUUUGGUCAGUCCAGCAACAUUAAUCAUAAUGUUUCAUCUAGUAUCUCAGUUAUAACUUGUGGUCAGGCUGGAGAUAAAGUCACAGAAACACAGCAACCGUCUGAGAAUAUUAUGUCUCCGCCACCUCCAGUUGUUCAGGUUCAAAGUCCAAGCAUUGAAGUCGGCAGCAACAAAAGCCAAACAGAUCCAGAGGAUCUUUUAUCUCUACCCAUCUCUUCUCAGAGGUCUUUUUUUUCCCCAAGUAGCAGUGCCACCUCAGAUUGUCAGUCUCAGAGCUCAGAAAGUGUGAUAGUCCACACCACUCACACCAGGACUGUCACAUUUUCUGUCAGGAGGUUCUCUACUCUUGACCAACAGUUAGAGUCUCCGACACCAACAGAAGAUGAUUAUGACCUAGCAUACAAAAGUAUUUUACCUGUUCAGGUAGUUUGGAACAAAAAACCAUUGAAUAUCAUCAGAACUGUGAGAAAUGACAUGUCUUUGAUAACUGUUCUACAAAUGACCUUUGAUAUAGAACAUUACAUGGUAGAGGCCAUUCGUCAUGAUGCAGAUUGGUGUCAGCGUUAUGUAGCAUUCUGCAAUUAUGAUUUGCAGAUUCUAGAUGUAUGUCCAAACAGCCAGAGUGUAUAUGGAACCGUGUAUGCUUUAAUACAAGCCAAGGAAUCUAUAGACAGAAGUAAAUAUAGUAGGAUGAUGGUCAAAUUGUAUCAAACACAGUUUACCUUUGUUUUCAAUCUGUGUACAGGAUUGUACUCCACGUUGUUCAUAGAACCGUUAACUGAAGUGGACGAGAGAAUUCUUAGAGGGCGAGACUGGAGCUCCCCAGGUAGUAAAGAAUGUUGCCUUCUACGUCGCAAAGCUGCUGUACCUCAAUCAUUUUAUACAAGUGUACAUGUGCUUAGUAAUGAAGCUGUUUUUAGAGAAAAAUCAAUGUCAAUGCUUGUUGCACCUUGUCAGUACACUGCCAUUAUUUUGUAAAAGUAUGAAGGGACUCUUGACAUCUGUGUUCAGAUUAUGUUAAAGACAUUUAACUUGAACCAAGUGCUUGACAAAAUAUCUCUGAUCAGACCAUGGUAAAAGACAUCCAACACCGCCCUAAUGUUAGACAAGAUAGCUGUUUAUAGAUCAUAGCAAAGCCAAUUUCACACAAGAUCCAGUGUUUUCAAACAAGGGUUCAAAUAAUUAAUGUUAAUUAUUUUUGAUUUUUGCAAAAGAAGCAAAGAUUUUAAUUUUAUUUGAAUGUUCAUUAUUUUAUACUAGUUGAUUGUUACAAAAGUUUCUUGUAUUGACUUUAUUGCAGGCAGUCAUGUACUUAGAAUCUCAAAAGAUGCUCAUUUGGGUGUUCUUGUGUUGAUUUCUCUCUAAAUUUCUUUGUAAUUUAACAUACGAUAUUUUAACAUUAUGUUCAAUGUUAUUUCUUCAAUUCAAUGCUGACAAUAUAAUAUGUUUACAAACAAUGAAAAAUUCUUCAAAGACUUUUUUCUCUUUUUUUCCCCCCACAUUUUUUAGUUUUUAAAAGCAGUAUUGAUAACCUGAUGAGCAUUAGGUGUGAUUAUUUAUUUCAACCUGAACCAAAUUGUUGGACACUUUGAAUUCAUUUUGCACUUCCUCUCAUAUCUUGAUUCUGGCCAAAUACGAUGUCUAUUUGAUGUACAGUCAAACUUGUAGAUAUGUCAAUAUUCUGUAACAUUUGUUUUGUAAAAUAGCUGAUCACAAACUUUUAUUUUUAGUCUCCAUCAGUUUUUUGUUCAUUAGACAAGAAGCAUACAAAUGAUGGGUAGAAGCUUGAUGCCUCAAAUGAAAAGAGUGACUCUGGAAGAUCAUAAUCUUUGAGCUUCUCUCUCUCUCUCUUUCUACUGUACCAUACUUUUCUGUUGAUCUUAGUUUAGUCAAAUAAAACUUACUAGAAAAAUAUGAAAGAAAAUCAUUUAUAUUGAUAACAUUUUAAAAAGGUUGAAUUUGUACAUUUGGUAAAUUACAUUCCAUUGGGAGCAUUGUACAGCUUAAUUAUCCCAGGAUGUCAGGCAUCUUGAUCACCCACUUGAAUUCUGCCCUGAUGCUCAUAAUAAAAGCCCUAAAUGACCCCCCAUGAUUUGAUUUGAAAAGAUCAAAGGUUGAUCAGGUAAUGCACUGAAGUUCGACUGCUGCAACUCAUAGCAACUAUAACCUUUGCUCUUUUUGGUUUUUUAUUUUUAUUAAACGCAUCCCAGAUGCUUGUAGAUUAUUUUCUCGACAUUAGAAUUCUGCACAUGUAGGUAAACAUUUGUCAACCUUUUAUAGACUAAUUUACACAUUUGUUCCUGAUUCAGUUUGGUAGUCCUACAAAAUGUGUUGAUGUCUUCUAUUGGACAGGAUGAAAGAAAUGUGUAUGAAAUAAUAUGCUGUACUUGACUUUUAACAAAAAAAACAACAAACAUGCUAUGACCCAGUUUCAUGUUUGUAUGAUCAUUGAAGCGAAACACUUUUCAAAUACAUUUUUCCUUUAAUAGUCUUGUGUUUUUUUUAUUGUUUUGUAAUUUUGCAUUCCCUGAUGCUCAUUUUAUAUGAUCAUAUCCCAGGGCUCAUUAAUGACAUUUAGUUGUUAUGAUUUGACAUUUUUGUUAUCCUAUUCAUUGGGUCAUUGACUUGCAGAGUUCUCCAGCUUUGUCAGUAUUUUUACAUUCACUUCUAGAAAUCCUCCAGAUGAACUUUCUUGAUUUCCUAAUUUGAUUAUUGUUUCUACAUCAUUCUUCAAUUAGAGAUGAUGAUCUUUUUUCAAUUAAUUUAGAGAAACUAAUAGUUCUUAAUUUAUUAUUAGCAUUUUUUUUCUCAUAGGAUUAUUUACUUCUUAACUGGAUGUAUAAAACCUGUUUUAGUGAUUAACAUGUUUCAUAUUGAAACAUUUUUAAAAAAAUGCUUUUAGCCUAAACAUUCAAUGUGGGCUAAGAACUUAACUAUUUUAUCUCCUUAACAGUUAUUUCAUCUUAAGGUCGAAUGAAUGAAUCAUGAGCAAAAGAAAAGGUAACUGAAAAUAUUUAGUUUUGGAAACAUCUAAACUAAUUGUAGACAUUUUGAUGUAAAUGUAUUAAGGGAACUUAUUACAUUUUUGCAUUUAUCAUGUUCAUGGUAUUCCAUUUCUUAGUUAAUUUUAGUUCCAGUCUUGUCUGUUGACUAUUUACCUAUCAUGCACCAAUUGUUUUAUUUUUAAAGUUUUUAAACAAUUGUUUUAUUCUACGAAUAAAUCUUACCAUAAGUUUCACAAAACUUGUAUAACCAUUUUAAUUGUAACUGUAAAUCUGAUUUUUGAUGCAAUUAAGUUUAAUUGAAUGUUGAUCUUAGAAAAAACAUAAGAUGAACAUUGCAGAAUUUAAAUAUUAGAUUGGUAGAAAAUAAGAAAGUGGUGACAUCUCACUUCAGGUUUAUGGUAUUUUGCUAGUUCUGUUUUUAUGCUGGAGGUCACUCACAAAGGCCGGGGGAUACACAUUUGAGACCAAAAGAAAAUCCAAUGCCGAGGACAGACGCAGACGGUGAAAAGAAAAUCUAAAUCAGCCACAUUCAAAGACCACCAAGAGAUUAGAGAUAGGGUUACUACAGCGAUCGGACCCCAUGAUGACCUGCUAACUAUAGUAAAAAAACGAAAGCUUAAAAUUUAUGGCCAUAUUACAGUACCAGGAAAAAGAAGAAGAGGCAGACAGAGAAAGAGUUGGGAGGACAACAUAAAAGAAUGGACGGGCCUGCCAUUGAAAGAGGUUCUAAACAAGGCAAAAGACAGAGGAAUGGAGAAAAACGGUCGAUGAGUAUUGCUUGGUGCCCCAACGGUCCAACAGACUAAGGGAAAGUAAAUGUAAAUUGUCCUGUCAUCCUCUUCUUUGUCCUAUGAAAGCUAAAGUAAUGCUAACCAGGAUAUUAUGGUCACAUCAAAUAUUUGCCAGGAUUGAAGUCUAUUCAAGUUUUUUUAUGCCAUUGUUCAUAUAGGAUAUAAGCAAUCAGAGUAUCUGAAAUAUUUGCUGCUGUAAUUCUCUAUUUAAAAUUGUAAGUCAUU